UAUUGCACCAGUCGUCUGUUAAGGUUUCGGCUUGCCACAACGUACCUGUGGCUAGCUUUCGGUUUAAAUCGCAAUUCAUUCGGACUUUUUAGUAGAGAAGUGUUUUCUGUUUAUUUUUUUUAUACAAAAUAUAGAGGUGAAUACUCAUGUAUAAGUUUUCUUAUACCCGUUUAUUUGUACAAAUGUAUAUACGCACAUACAUAAGUACACAUGUUGACGAAUUAUAAAAAGUUUAAUAGCUUUCGCGUGUGAGUAAAGUGUUUCUGUUGUUUAAAUAUAAUAUCUAUUUUAUUUGGAUCCAUUUGGCCUAAAAAGCUCUCAAAGUGAUAAUUACCCUGUUUUUGUGAUCGGUUUAUUAAAACAUAUGGGUGGAAAUAUAUGCUAUUCAUGCUCUCAUACACGAAUACAUAAGUAUAUACUUCGGAAUUUAAAAUAAAUAUUUACGAAGAGCACACACUCGGAUUACUGCAGCGCUUCAUCUACAGUACAUAUCGUGUACAUUUUCGCAACUUCAGACUUUUGACUUCUUAAAGAUUUUUCGACGAAUGCAAAAUGUUUGCGGAUAUAUAUAUUUUAUUCUUGUCGCUCUUACUGGCUUCCGCAAUUUCGGGAACAAUAUCUCAAUGUCCUUGGCAAAGAGAUAUCUUGGAACUACAGACAUCUUGCAUAUGCGCAUAUAAUUUAGGACGAGAGCUUUCUGUUCAAUGUGAUCAGGUGAACUUCUUUUUACUUAUGGACACUUUAAGUAUAUAUGCCACACAAAAACCGAUAGAUCUACUUUAUAUCAACAAUUCAACAAUCAAUGAAUUGCCAAGCAACAUCUUCCAAAAUCUUAGUGUGCAUAAUGUACAAUUGUCCAGUUGCCAAAUAAGAAAAAUUCAAAACGGUGCUUUUAAUGGCCAAGAAACAAUGCUGAAAAAUCUCAAUUUACAAGACAAUUUGUUGACAGAAGUACCAACUAAAGCCAUAAAUUCUCUAAACAAACUAAACUUGCUCGAUCUUUCAAAAAAUCGUAUUACAUUUGUAUCCAACAGCUCAUUCUCAAGUCUAAAAAAAUUAUCGACCCUGAAGUUAAAUGAUAAUAACGUUACAUUAGAUGUUGCAGCCUUUAGUGGACUGGACGAAAGUCUUAAAAAUCUUAAUCUGAAAGGCACAAAACAACGUCAUAUACCCGAAAGUAUACGGGGACUUAAAAGUCUGGCAUUCCUUGAUUUAUCAUUGAAUGGUAUUAAGGAAUUACCUGGUGCUGGAGGUAUACGUACGUUCGAGGGACUCGAUUCAUUAACUGCGUUGAAUUUAGAACGUAAUUUUAUACAAAGUUUGGGAGAGACAUCAUUUGCUGGCAUUCGCAAAACACUGAGUUCCCUCAGCUUAUUAAAUAAUUUACUAUCUGAAUUCCCCAUUGGAGCUAUACAUGCAUUAAAGGAGUUGCGAGUUUUAGACAUAGGUUUUAAUUUGCUAACCUCAUUACCUGAAGGCGCUUUCCGUGGCAACCCCGGUAUUACAUUACUGGCGUUAGAUGGAAAUCCGUUAAACACAGUACCUCAAAUAGCUUUCGCACAUUUAAAUUCAACACUUCGUGGCCUAUCACUAGGUGGCCGAUUUCUACACUGCGAUUGUAAAUUACGUUGGGUUGCUGAAUGGAUCCGCAACGGCGACUUGCAAGUAACAUCACGAGAGCGUAACCCUCAAUUUUGUGGUUCGCCAACUAAUUUUCGAGAUAGAGGAUUUUACUCUAUACAACCGGAAGAAUUAAUCUGCUCUGACGUGCAGAAUGUAUCAAGUAUCCUUCAAGAUAUAAAAACAGAAACAUCACUAAUAACGCAAACCAACACUACAUCCAAACCAAUUGCGCAAACAUCUACCAUUACAUCAAAUGACGAUAUUCAUCAUCCAGAGUUAUUUGCAAUAAAUACAUCUACUACUGCGAGCAGUUUACAAGCUUCUACAAAGACAGCUACUAUGACAUCUACACCACAGCCCACAAUAGAUCCACCAACCAAAACAAGUUCCACAAUGCAGCCGGUGGCAUCCUCUACAUUAUCAACUAAUCCAACAAUCUCUAGUGGCGGAAACAGUACUUUAACAAUAAAGCCUUCUUUAUCUAGGAUAGGUAUCAAAGCAGUAGCAACUAAUGCGACAAAUAACGGUGCCAGUAAUUCGCUCAAUAACAGCAAGCAAUCGGGCUCUUGGCGACUUAAUAGCUCAACAACAUCGUCAGUGAUAGCACACAGCAAAACGCAAAAGCAGCAGCGUCCUCCACUGAUAUUAAGUUUUCCUCCACAAAGAGACACACGUUUCGACGACACUAAUGAAGUACAAGUAAAGAACGCAUUUCGUCAAGAAAACUCUGUCAUCAUUCAAUGGGAUUCAGAUACAGCUAAUAUACUUGGCUUCCGUGUGGUAUACCGCCUGUUCGGCGAAAAGACAUUCAAGCAAGGACCACCGCUAGAAGCAAGUGAGCGCGAGUUUAAAAUAAAGAAUGUACCAGCACAAGAAUGCAUUAUUGUUUGUGUAAUUUCAUUGGAGGAAUUGCAUGUGACUCCCGAAACGGUGCCUUAUCAGCAAUGCCGUGAAGUACGUACAGUCGCUUCACAAACUUCUAACAUGGACAAGAUAACAAUUGCAGCAAGUGCGGCAAUAUGUGGUACAAUUAUUGUAGCAGUAAUUGUAUUUAUAGCCGCAAGUAGACGCUCGCGUAAACUCCAGAACACGCAACAGAAGAACCCUUUACCAAUUGGGGGAUUGCCAGUAGCCUGUUGCGGACCAGCAGGAUCUCCUGGGCCGCUGGGCUCCAUCGCCACUUUAUCGGCAUUUAAUAACCAUAAGGAAUGGGAUCAAAUGUCUGCAUAUAGCGGUCGCUCUAUACCACGGCCACGAAUUUAUUCCGUAGAUAAUCAAGAGGAUAUGCGAAGUCAUUUUUCUGCUAUGACUGGGAAAGUUGGUAAAGCGAGAUCAAUAGCUGAUGGUCAAUCCCACCACAGUUUCUCAAAUAAUUCACAUCGCGGCUAUUUAGGCGCAGCUUUUCCAACUAAUUUGAUUAACUCUCGACCAGAACUUCGACAAUCCAGACAGUCUUUAACAGCCGCUUCGGAACGUUUAUCGCGUGCUUCAUACGCUGGUUCCACGCAUGGUCCAACCAGCAUAACUUCAAGUACCAGGCGUUCACGUCCACGCUCGAGAUCACGCGAGCAACUCAAUUCAACACAUAUACAUAAUCAUAGACCCGGUAGCCGUUAUUCUCAAGCUGGUUCAACGCACACGAUAAACAACUAUUGUGACACAUCCGACAAUUGGACUGACCAUGAUAUGGACAUUUACAUGGCAAGGAACCCAACAACUCGCAAUGGUCUAGUGCCAUUAUGAGGGCAGGUUUUAUUCUCCUGAUAUUUCUAUGAUGUAUUAACUAAAAACGAGAUUUUCUGCUAAAACGUUACGAAUUUGCCUAAUGUUGUAAUGAAGUGGCGUCAUUUUUACAGCCAUCACUCGAAAUAACAUUGUGUUGUUCAUGAUUACGAACAUUAUAUACGGCCAUAUCGAAACGAUAUCGGAAAUAACUAAUAAUAAGGAUACCUAUAAUUCUCAAAAUAUGGCUUACAUUUACUUAUUUUAUGUAUUGUUGACAUUUUAAAGCUGUGAGCACACUUCUAAAUAAAUAAUCGGCGAAACUAGAA